GGUGGAGUGGGCUCCGUAUCUCCCAAGCGCCGCCAUAGUUAAUGCGCGUCACUUCUGUCGAGAGACCGGGAAAUAUUGCCGAUUAUCAUGGAAAUGAAAGAAGAAAACGACUAUUCGGCCGAAAAUCGCGACAGGUCUCGUUCUCCUGUUGAUGAAGACAGUCGUGACAGGGACCGUGACCGUGAUGGAGACAGCAACGAACGCGAAAGGGACCGUAAUCGCCGCAUGGAUCGCAGCAGAAGGACAGAUAGACAAAGGGGUGGAGGAAGGCGUGCUCCAGUGGAGAGACGCAUCUAUGUUUCCAACAUUCCUUAUGAAUACAAGUGGCAGGACUUGAAGGAUCUCUUCCGCAAAGAAGUUGGUGAAGUUUCAUAUGUGGAAAUGUUCAAUGAUGAAAACAACCGCCCUCGAGGUUGUGCCGUCAUUGAGUUUGAGUCCACUGAGUUAGUACAAAAGGCCGUGGAGAUAAUGCACAGAUAUGAGUUGAAAGGACGUAAACUUGUUGUAAAGGAGAAAGCAGAUGAACUACCCCUGGCCCAUUUAGCUCAAAUUCGGCUUGGAAACAGAAUGGACUUUGAUUCUGACCGUGACCGACACAGAGGAGGCAUAAUGAAAUCUGACAUGCGAGGAGGUCGUGAAUUUGCUCGUGGGGCAGAUAUUGGACCUCAGGGCAUGGCAAACAAAUUUGGGAAUACAUAUGGCUUGUCUACAGUAUUCCUUGAAUCUCUUGGCAUCACUGGACCUCUUGUUAACAAAGUUUUUGUUGCUAAUCUUGACUACAAAGUUGAUGAAAAAAUGUUGAAAGAUGUUUUUAAAAUAGCUGGAAAGGUUGUGUCUGUUGAGAUUAGUAAGGACCAAGAUAACAAGAGUCGUGGAUUUGGUGUUGUGGAAUUUGAGCAUCCAGUGGAGGCUGUACAAAGUAUUUCUAUGUUGCACAACCAGACAUAUUAUGACCGCAAGAUGAGUGUGCGCAUGGACCGUGUCUCUGAAAAGCAGGAAUCAACAGCAACGAAACUUCCUCCUGGCCUUAAGGGUCUGGGAAUGGGUCUGGGCAUUAAUGGGUCAGCCCUUACGGAUGUUGCCAAUAAUGUACCCUCCAUUAACCCAAGUAUCACAGGAGCUUUACCAAAUGCUGUUGCCCCAGGGGUGACAGGCAUGGCCAAUGUGGGGGCCAUGGCAUCAAACAUGGGGAACAUGGGUGGAGGGGGUGGUGGUGGCCAGAACAUGGGUGGGAUGGGGAUGAUGGGCAUGGGAGGAGGAGGAAUGGGUGGUGGCAUGGACAACAUGAACAGCGGAAUGGGAGGGAACAUGGGUGGUGGUGGAAUGGGUGGAAAUAUGGGGGGAGGCAGCAUGGGAGGUAACAUGGGAGGUGGUGGCAUGGGUGGCGGAAUGGGAAACGGGAUGAUGGGCAACAUGGGGAUGGGAACUGGCAUGGGCAACAUGGGCUCUGGCAUGAACUCCUCAAACAUGGGUUCCGGCCUGGGGGGUGGUCUCGGGAGUAGUCUGGGCGGUGGGAGUGGGUUCAUGAACUCCAACAUGAACCGAGGAGCCAUUGGGGCCAGCUCAGUGGGGAGUGGCUCAGGCAGUGGGUAUGGCUCCUAUGGAUCAACUGGACUGUCCCGCGACUACAACCAUUCCAGCAGCAGCAGCAACAGCUACACCAGGAAUGUCAUUCAGCUGAGCAAUUUACCCAUGGAUUACACCUGGCAAGCUCUGCGAGAUCUUUGCCGUGAGUUUGGAGACAUAAGGUUUGCUGAGAUCAGAUCGAAGGGCACCGGAACUGUGCGCUUCCAGACAGAGGCAGAUGCUCGUAGAGCAGUUGAAAUGCUUGAUCGCCAACGUCUGGAUGGAAGAAUCCUGGAUGUUUGCCAGCUUUAAUGCUAGUCAGAGGGGAGAUCACCGGGACUGUGUUGGGAAAGGGUCGCGACUCCACUUGGGAGUUGCACCACCUUGCCACACGUCGAAAGGGAUGAGAGGGGCGUGUUUUAUACGAAGAAAGACAACUGACAAGCUGCAACCCAAGGUAAUGGCUGCUUACUUGGGGGCUAGUGUCAUCUCAGACCAGUAGCCCAUCUGUUUCUGGAGUUGACGUUCGUGAAGGAUUGGCUGUCGUGGAGGAUUGAAUUAUGCCUAGCUCGGACUAUUCACAAGCUUUUGGUUUGGAAGAAUGAAUUGAUGCUGUGAAGGAUUGAUGGAGUUGAUGACAAGGAUGUUUAUGGAAUUCUAACCAAGUGGGAGUUUUGUAUUUCCCCCAACAAGUGGCAAUAUGCAUAUUUUUUCCUUUUUCUUUUUUUUUUUUCCUUUUCAUAUCUUCUUUUUUACCUAGCAUCACUGUUCCCAAGAUGUGGAGGUGGUUGCGUCUGUGCUGGAUCUUUUGAUAGUUACUUCAUGUAUUGGUACAGGUAUUUAGCUGUCCAAAGAUUGAAGAGAAAGAUUGUCGUUUAAGAUACAUGUGUAAGUCAGUAAAUAGAUCAAAUAACUGUCCUUGCUGUCAUUUCUGGAAAUACAUAAGAGAGUUUAUUUUAUUUUACAUUACUUUCUCGUAUCUUAAAGUCAUAGCUCAUAUUGUUUGGUCCUUUCAUAGGAUGUGUUUUGCACUUUUGAAAUAUAUUUUAAGAUAUAAUUGUCGAAAGGAAAUUUUCUGGUGUCAUUGAAAGAUAAUGGAAUUAGUAUAACUGGAUCAUUGUACCUGUUCAUAGAUGAUGAUAUGAUGUAAUUAGCCAAUAAAUGGGCAGUGGGCCUUCUU